GGACGGGGGCUCCGUUUACUUCCUCAUCAUAUAUACAGCGGCUUUCGCGCCGCUCAACACAGAGGAACGGACUUUGUUUAAUUUCUCUCGACCGUUGCCGUCCUUAAUCCCACUGCUUCUGUUCGCUCGUCCUGCAACAUCAUCAACGCCCUGUACGACCCUGUUCUUCUUUACCGGCAAAGCAAACGAGCCAGCAAUUAAGAGGCUAGUUGCUGCAUGCGACUAUAUUCCUAAAGGAGUCCUGUUGCAAACACAACCACCUUAAAACUCUUAGCUUUCUUCCUCUGCCUGCCAGGUGAAUUGUCUUUCCACUCCGGCUGCAAGACAUAUAUCCCCUUCUUACUUCGACCCUGUUCUUUGUCUGGCCGGGUCUCCCUCUCUCCCUUUCUUUCUUUCUUUUUUUUUUUUUUACCUUCGCAUUCCCAAAGGGUCAAAAACAACACGAAGAAAGGAAAAAGCAACAAGACUACUUAUUUUGAAGGAAACGUUUAGGCGCCUGGAGCUCAGACCGCAGACGCACAUUGCUUGAGCAAGGCUGUUGUUGGGGGUACCUAGUUGAUUCUCCCGGACGGGAGGCCCCGGGACUUUUUUUUUUUUUUUUUGCAGGGAAAAAGAAACGAGAAGACAGAAAAUAAACGGACUUCAGCAAGAAGCUGAAGGAAGAUAUAUAUCUUUCCCUUUUCGUUGACUGCUGGCAUAUUUAAAUUUGCUUGAUUGUUUGUUCGAAUAUAUCUUCCCGUCAAAAGCUCUCCAAUGUUCGGUGGAAGAGUUUGACUUGGUCGAAGAUAUAUACAGCUCCUUGUCAAUAUGCACCACACGCCUCAGACCAGGGAGCUAAGGUGACUCGUUUGAUAUUUCACCGUCUCUCUCUCCCCCCCUUCCCGCCCAUUCUUGCUAUCACACAUUUCUUCCUUACUUCUACUGCCGUCACUCCCUUUACUAUACUCCCCAACACACAAAUACCAAACUUCAGCCACCCCCAGUCUUCCGCAAUCUAGCUGUCUCCAACUCUAAAAGGCCAUACUCUCCCUGGUUUGCUCUGCUUUGCCAUACAAGCAUUCUCCCUGAAUUGAAAGAGGGAGUGUGCUCCUAUGCACAUAGCCCCGGAAAAUUUGCUCCACAUAUACCAGCAGACUUAUUUGUGAUCCUCCAUGAUGGCCUCCGCACCUCCGUCCCCUUCCCUGGUCGGCCGGUCCAGGGCCACUCCCAUUAAGUCGGCCUCGCCCUUCCACCGAAUCCCUCGGGUACAAGAAUUCAUGUCUUCUUCGUAUCCUGCAACCCGCUCGGUAGCAAACUAUAGCACACUAACUAGCGACAUGUCAAGCUUAACGCUGGUCCACCGAAGCCAUCUAUCAAACUCGUCAAGUCCGGUGAUAGGACCUGCUCAAACUACAGAUAAUGGGUUUCCAGGUCUGCCCUUAAUGAACUCGCCUUUAUCUACCUCCCUGGAUACUCCAGGCCCUCUUGACCUCUCUGAAGGAAUACUCUCUAUUCCACUCCAUCAAAGCUUGACGUAUCCCGCUGACGCUGCCCUUGUGAAUGUCGCACCCAAUACCAACAACAACAGCAACAACAACAAUAAUAAUACCAUUGCCAAUAGUAACAAUAAUACAAAUACCACCAGCAAUAUUAAGGGUCCCGGCCUGAUGAGAAGAAUAUCAAGGGGAGCUGCUAACAAGCUCACCCGAAGACGGCGGUCGAACUCUCAGGAUAGACGCGACAAGGACUCCGGCCCUGUUACCAUGCUCAGACGCAACAAUAGCAAAUCAACGACUUCGGCAUCCUGGGAUAGCGCUCUAGAUUCAAGCUACGAGGAGGAUGAGUCAUGUGAUACCCUCGGGACUUGGUGCGGCCCUGACAGCAGCAAGGUGAAAAGCGACUACCAACGGUCCAUCACCAGUACUGCCAGUGGCGUUGCCCCUAAGGUUGACCCCAUUCUCCAGCGCGGCUGUACCCUGACCAAGGUAAACAAGUUAAAGAAGAAACCGAUGACUUUUUAUCUCAAUUUCGACUCUGGGAAGAUGUUCUGGAACCUGUCAAACCCGACCAAGCGGUUCAGGGAAUUCUUCCAACUGCUCAAAUACCGCCGAGACAUCAAAGAUCUGUACGAUCGUCUGGUUACGGAUGACGUACAAGGGAUGACCCUGGAAAACUUUCUCGACUUCGUCCAGUAUACGCAGCGCGAAAACGUACAAAGGAACACGGAUUACUGGGUUUCUAUUUUUGAAAAGUUCGUCCGCAAGGCUCGACUGCGUUCGCAGAGCCAGUCGGACUCACCCCUUCCUGACGAUUCACCUAUACGCAUGAGCUUAGAUGCCUUCUCUGCGUUCCUGAUAUCAUCCUCGAACGGGAUCUACCCUGCACAUGUCCCCGAGCCAAAAUUUGAUUACCCACUCAACGACUACUUCAUUUCAAGUUCACACAACACAUAUCUUCUGGGAAGACAAGUCGCUGGUUUCUCCAGUACGGAAGCGUAUGUUACUGCGCUUCAAAAGGGCUGUCGAUGUGUUGAAGUCGAUUGCUGGGAUGGUGCUGAUGGUCGCCCAAUUGUCUCACAUGGGAGAACGAUGACUACCAGCGUCCUUUUCGCGGAUUGUAUCUCUGUCAUCAACAAAUAUGCCUUCCUGUCAUCCGACUACCCUCUCAUCAUCUCUCUCGAGGUCCACUGCAACCCAGAGCAACAACUCGCUAUGACUAACAUCAUCAAAGAUACCUUCAAGGAGAAAUUAGUCCUUGAGACACUGGGGGAUGACUGGCCUGUGCUGCCCAGCCCUGAGGCCCUGAAACAUCGCGUUCUUAUCAAAGUCAAGACCUCCGAGGAAAUAAUCGAUACCGGCCCGGCUACUACUGUACCACCAGGACUCGUCAGCGCCGGGCGCAAGCGUAGCUCAAGUUCCCCCUUCAUGCCCCCGACCGUCCUGGAAGACCCUCCUCACAGCCUCCCCCCUCUCUCCUCGCCACCCACAAUCAACUCAGCCAAUGAACCUGUGCCUCCUCCUCUGGGCAGACGUGCCUUUACAGCAACAAGCGUCUGCAGCACCUCUGAAGAAAGCGACAUCGGCCAGAGUUCAGCUGCGAUCCAGAAAGAGAAGAAACGAGCUCAAAAGAGCAGAAUCGUCAAGGAUCUUGCAGAUCUAGGCGUUUAUACCCGUGGGUAUAAGUUCCAUAGUUUCAACUCCGCCGAAAGCAAACGUUUCAACCACGUCUAUUCCUUCGCCGAGCGAGCAUUCGAAGGCAUUUGUCGAGACUCAGAAAGUAAAGCUCUUCUCGAGGCACAUAAUAGACGUUUCUUGACUCGGGUAUAUCCUUCCGGCUUCCGUGUUCGAUCAUCAAACUUCGAUCCAAACAUCUUCUGGCGUCGUAGCGUUCAAAUGGUUGCUUUGAACUGGCAGACAUAUGAUGUCGGAAUGCAAAUGAACCAAGCCAUGUUUGCAUCCGGGACCGACCGCACCGGAUAUGUUCUCAAGCCAGAAAGCUUGCGAUUACCGCCACCUUCAUGGAAGGGUCCAGGCCUAAAGCCAAAAGUCGAUAGGAAACUUGUCCGGUUCUCUAUAGACGUGAUCUCCGCCCAGCAAUUACCUCGACCGAAGCAAAUCGGCCUCGACGAAAAUAUCAAUCCAUACGUCGAGAUCGAGGUUUUCAGCGCUGACGACAAGACUAAGGGCCUCGCAUUCGGUGAAGGUGGAAUGGAUACGUCUGAUCGUAACGGUCUAUCUGGCAUCGGUCACCCUCACCGUCGCCGAACAGGUAUCGAGCAAGGAAAUGCCUAUAACCCCAUCUUCAACGACCAGUUCAAGUUCUCCCUGGAAACCAAAUACCCGGAUCUCGUCUUUGUGCGCUGGGUUGUCUGGCACUCUCCUGAUGGCAGAAGCGUCGGCAACAACAGCACCCAACUAGCUACCUUCACCGCGAAGCUGAGCAGCUUGGCCCAAGGGUUCCGUUACCUACCUCUGUACGACGGUAAUGGCGACCAAUACCUUUUCUCCACGCUAUUCUGCCGAGUGACGAAGAGCGAACUUGCACCUGUCAUACCGCUGUUUGAUACCGAGGAAACUAAGAAUGAACGAAGGGGUAUCCUUAAACAGCUCGGCCAGUCCGUGCUAAAGAGAGCUAUUUCCACCGAACGCGACUCGCCAAAGGCCAACAUUACCUCAAACGAACAGUCGUGAAAUCAUCUCUCGCCUAUACCACGCCGUCCAAUUUACUGCCACCACAUAAAACCAAAGUUUAGCGAAUCUUUUCUCCUUGAAAUCCGUUUUAUCUCCUUUUAAUACCCCUUCAGUUCCAUUACUUCUGCGUUGUGUUGCUUCACCCUCUUGAUUUCAAUACACAUUUUGUACUCCCUUCCCACAUACUAACGACCUGUGAUGACCUCUUUGUUCGAAUACUAGCGAGUACUUUUCUGUCUUCUCUCUCCCAGUGGACCCGUUUUCCCUUCCACUUUCCCCUUGUCCCCUUUCCUUUUUUUCCUUUGUGUUUACUUAUACCACUUUGUUUGUCAAGGAAUGUGGAAGACCCUUAACCAUUUCAUCUAAAGCAUUUUGCUAGGGCAUGGUAUAUGUGAUCUGAUAUGAAGAGAGCCGGCCUCCUAGGUUUAUGAGUUGUCCUUUUUUUUGUGUCUUGAUGCUUGAUUUUUAUUUUUAUUUUUAUUUUU